GUCCGUGUCACACGUGUCCCCUGGCUCUGGCCGAGUGCCACGGCCGCACCCGCGGGGCCAUAAGAGCCCACGAGGUCCGGCGGUGCCACCAUCGUCCCCCGCCAUGGCCGCGUCCCCCGCCAUCGCCCCGCUGCUGCUCGCCCUGCUCUGCGCCCCAGGGUUGGGGGUCCCCAGGGGGGGCUGUGAGGGUCCCCCCGACGUCCUUUGCCGGAGUUGGGAGACGGCGCUGCAGUGUGGGGGUCUCUGCGCCCCCCCCGCCACGGCCCCCCCGGCCACGGACAUGUGCUCCGACUGCCAACAGAUCAUCACCCUCCUCACCCACAUGGUCAACGCGUCGGCCACCAAGGUGGCCGUGGAGGGCUUCCUGCGGCACGAGUGUGAGGAGCUGUCGGUGCCCACCUUGGUGAAACCCUGCCAGAACCUCGUGCACGAGUACUUCAACCUCCUCCUCGCCGACCUUGAGGGACACCUCAAGCCCUCGGCCAUCUGUGCCCACCUGGAGCUGUGCCCGAGGAAGCCCGGGGGGGACCCGGCUCUGUCCCCGCUCACGGCACUCGGGGCCCACCUGCAGGUGGCCGCCAACAAGACCCUCCCGGUGCCGCUGCCGCGCUGCUGGUUGUGCCGCACCUUCUUGGCGCGCCUCGAAGCCGCCGUUCCCAAAGCGACGGUGGCGACGGCGGCGGCGGAGCUGUGCCGGCUGCUGCCGGCGGUGGUGGCGGGCGCGUGCCAGUGCCUGGCGCAGCGCUACGCCACGCUGGCGCUCGAGGGGCUGCUGGGCCGCCUCGGCCCCCGCCUGCUCUGUCACCUCCUCUUGUCCUGUCGCCAAGGGGACGCGCUCGGGGACGUCACGGCUGAGGGCACAGAGGAUGUCCCCUUGCUGUCCCCAAACGCCACUCCCUGUGCCCUGGGGCCGCUCUACUGGUGCUCCAGCCCCGCCGCCGCUCGCCGCUGCCGGGCCCUGCAGCACUGCCGCGACCACGUCUGGAAUUAGGGGGGGCACAAAGACACCCCCCCCCCGCAACCUUUAUCCCCUAAAGAUAAAGCUUGGAUUCUGCUCUGCCUCAGUUUCCCUCAGUUUUGGGGGUGGUUUUUU